AACCUAAUUUAAGGUUAUGUUAUUGAAUGCAAUAAAAACAUGUUUCGAAUAUUUAGGCCUAUUUUAAUUCGAUUUGCCCCAAAAAGCACGACGAAAUAUAAAAGUACAAUAGCAAAACGAGUUUCUAAACGAAAUCGGAGCGUUAAUCCAGGUGUCAACUUACAAAGGAGGAUAUUAUCAGAAAAUGAAGCUGAACUGAAAAGGAUUGAUUUGGAUAGUAUUGAAGCUGAUUUUACAAAUUUAGAAUGUUCUCAUAAAGAUUUCGUGGAAGAAACUAAAGCGAUUAAGGAACAAGAACAAUAUUUAAUCGUCCGAGAAAAAUAUUUUAAAGAAAAAUACCCAAACUUUUUAACGUGGAGUGAUAAAUUACAAAUUAGACAUUUGUAUAGUACGGAUCCAGAAGAAUGGUGUGUUGAAAAGCUUUCCCAUGGAUUUCCCGCGCUUCCUGAAGUUAUAAAAAAAAUUGUUAAAUCAUCUUGGUCAAAAACAAAUCCCAAUAAAAUUAAAAACCACGAUUUAUCUGUAGAAAAAAAUUGGGAUUUAUUUAAAGAAGGAAAACUUGACCUUCCGUCAGAAUUAAAGGAGCAUUUAAAUAAAUUUACUUCUCGUAAAAUGAAUCAUUUCGAACUAAGCGCAGAGAAAAAACCUGUGAUAAAGAAAAUUGAUGGGGAAUUUUCUGAGAUUUUAAAAAGUUACGAUCGAUUAAAAAAUAAAAAUAAAGAAAAUUUCGAGUGUAAUGAAAGCGAAAAAAUUCAACUUAAGAAAACAAAAAAAUUGGGGGGAAACACAAUGUUAAUUAACUCCGGUGAUUUAGAAAAUGAUAAAAUUAUGAAGAAAGAUAACAAAUUAGUAACGUUAAGUGAAUUAAAAAAUAGAAUAGGGAAGAAAUCUGAAAUGGGGAAUGAUUUAAGCAUGGAAGAUCAAUUAUUGUUGAGAGAGAAUAAAAUUGAAUUAGAAAAUGUUAAAGAAAUUGGCUCGAUUGUUGAUAUAAGCGAAUUAAAAAAUACAAAUUAUUUAUCAACUCAAGUUAAAUCAAAAAAAGAUUUUAAACAUUUAGAAUAUCCCGAAAAAAUAAUUAUUCCAAAAGAUAAAUUUAAAAAAGGUUACACUUAUAAAUUAAAUGAUUGUUUUUAUGAUUGCGAUGGAUUAUUUUUAUAUAGAGUACCAGGAAUGGAAAAGUAAAGAUUUAAUAACUUUUA